AUGGGCAAAUACAAGCAGUUCAUUUACAACAAUAUUACUUUCGAAUCCGGCGUUCGACACAGUUUUAUUGUGGAUACCGGCAGUGGUGAGUCCAUCAUUUCACGCGGAGCUCUGAAACAUUUGUGCCCAAGUGCUACCGCAAAACCGACCACAACACGAAUCUAUGGUGUAACUGGAUACCUUCCACUGAUGGGUGAGACAAUUUUGUCGAUUCAUUCCCAGGAUAACAGUUGUGUGCCCAUUCGAUUCUUGGUGUCACAAGACAGUCCGUCUUUUCUUGGAUUGAUGGUAAUGAGAACGCUAGGACAUUCCUUAUCCCUACAUACCAACGAACUGAAAUCCGACACAACUGAGGAAAUUCAAAAGCUGGUAAUCCCAUGUACUAAGAAUGCGGGAGGAAUAAACGUUCCUGAGGCAGUUUUGGAGGUCGACAGUGAACCAGUAUUCCUAAAAAGGCUUGUCUUACCAUAUGGACAACGCGAAGGUGUGCUAAAUGCGAUCGACCGCAUGGAGAAGACUGAUGUUAUUUCUAGAGUGACGUCAUCACCAUGGACAACUCCUAUUGUUGUCGCGAUGAAAUGUGAUGCCAGAACUCCGAGGAUAUGUGACGAUUACCGAUUGACAAUCAAUCCCCGAUUGCGAAAAUGUGCAGCGAUGACUAUGGAGACAGAGGACUUCAUGGAUCCCCUUCACGGUUGUCAGUUUUUCUCCAAAAUCGAUCUGGCAGAUGCCUAUCUUCAAAUUCCAUUACAUCCAGAUUCGAGGGCAUUUACGACGAUCAAAACACCGUGA